GCCAAAAUUCUUGGGGGGAAGGGGGGUAAUUUUUUGAGAAAAUUACACACCUGCUUUACUGUAGGUCCUCGGAAAAGUUGUAGAUUUGGUAAGAUCUGCUAUCGUCAGAAUCUCCAUCAUUUCUUGGUGGAAAGUCAUCCAUGGGAUGAGGAUUAUAUCCCGGACGAGGACGGAGACGAGAGACCCGAGUGUACGUUUGGGCUACUCUGUUACAGGAGGAACCCGGAGCAUAAGUCUAAGUACAAGCACACUCGUAAACCAGGAGAAGAGCGCAGGUCUGGAAUUUCAGCACUUCCAGCUAAUCCAGCUUUGGUAGUACGGAAAGUUGAUCCAGCUUUGGUAGCACGGAAAGAUGAUCAAACUCUACCUGCCAGGAAGGAUUUUAGUCCUAAUUUAUGCAGGUAUUGUGGUGAGUUCUAUAAUCCUGACAAGACUCCGGUCCUGCACGGAGUAUGCAAGGACAAGGAUUGUCAAGAGAGCUUUGAACUAUCCUGCUCCAAAUAUAAUCCCUGUGGUCAUCCUUGUGGAGGCAUUAAAGGAGAACGAGUGUGUUUACCCUGUUUACAAGGAUGCAGUCAAGGAACUAAACAGAAUCAGACCGAUGACUGCUCGAUCUGCCUGACAUUUGGUUUAUAUCCUAUUCCAAGCAUUCUUCUAACAUGUGGUCAUGUGUUUCAUUUCAGCUGUGUCAGGAAUCUUCUGAAAGCAAGAUGGCCAGGAGCUAGGAUAGGGUUUGGUUUCUCUCAGUGCCCCAUUUGCAAAGUGGAAAUCAAUCAUACUUCUCUAAACGAUAUUCUCAAACCUAUUCAAGAACUCAGAGACGAUGUCAAGAAGAAGGCUGUGAUGAGGUUGAAGCACGAAGGAUUAGAUAAUUGUGAGUCUCUCACUAAGCUUGGAUCAGUUUGGUUCAAUGAUCCAGCAGGAUUUGCUAUGGAUAGAUACGCGUACUAUAACUGCUUUAAAUGCGGCAAAGCUUAUUGUGGCGGAGAAGCGAGGUGUGAACAGAUUCUUGGUGUGGACAACAACUUUGAUCCCAAGGACCUUCUUUGUGGAAGUUGCAGUGAUGUUUCAAAUACGCAGAGAUGUCCUCGGCAUGGGGCUGAGUUUCUCGAGUAUAAAUGCCGCUACUGUUGCUCGAUAGCUGUUUUCUUCUGCGGCGGAGCAACUCAUUUCUGCAACCGAUGCCACAACGACGCUGGACGGCUGUGGGGUGGAUCUCGAAGUGGACUACCCUCGUGCAGUGGAGGGACUACUUGUCCGCUUAAAGUAAAACAUCCUGUCGCUGGCCAGGAGUUCACUCUAGGCUGUGGGCUCUGCAGAAAUCAUCAAGAAUUCUAAAUUAUGUUUGUGAAUACUUUUAAGUGUUUACAUAUGUUAUCGUCAUGGUUCUACAUUUUAAAAUAUUUUAUAUUUCUCGAAUAGACAUUUUUCUUGAAAAUUUAAAUGGAUUUGGCAAAAUUAUGACAUUAGAAGCAGAAGGCCUGGGCAUGAUAUUCUCCUCCUUAGGAGAUUUUUUACGUUGAAAAUUAAAUGUGCGUGAUAAUGUUAAAACGGAUGAAACUGUAGCGAAAAUAACUUGUGAUUAGUUUAAGUCUUUCAGGAGUUAUGAAUAAUACUACAGUUACAUAUUUUUCUACAUUUAUACUGAACAAAGAAUGUUUAUCGUAAUUUCAGA